GUUUUCUUUAAUAAGUUCCUCAUUGAAGCAUUAUAGAAGUUUAGAAAUAUCCAGAGACAUUUCAAGUCCUAAUGGAAACAGAUUUCCCAAGAGGAGUGCUAGAAAACGCUACAAUUAAAACACCUGGGAAACCACCCCUCAUAGUAAUACAGUUUGGAUUAUGCCUCAUUGUGCAGCAUAGAAUCUCAUUUAUCUUCAGUAUGAGCUCCAAAAGAAUCCAAAUGGCUUGAGUUGUUGGGAGUCAGUCAGCUGCAGAGCUAAAAACAGCUUUAUUUGACUUAGUGCUUAAAAGAAUAUUGGAGGGAAGAAGUUAUUUCUCCUUUUAUGAUGGAUGAAAAAUGAAUGAAUAUAGCUACAAGAUGAAUAAAUAGUCCAGCUUAUUUCCAGGGUUCCCAGUGCCGAUUCCGACACUGUGAAGAGGCCCUUGGCAGUGACACUGUGUGCUCAUUAUGGAGAGAGGGAAAAUGUUUAGAUCCACUUUGCAGAUUUAGACACAUGGAAAUGCAGCAAAACUGCAGCAUUUCAUGCUUCUGGGAAACUCAACCUCUUGGUUGUGUGAAGAUCAGUUGUAUCUUUUAUCACAGCAAACCUCGAAAUAUCAAUGGAUUAUUUUUGCCACCAAGUAGCAAUAUCACACCACAGAAAGAAACUCAGGAAGGAAUUCCACCCCUGACCCAGAGUCAGGAACCCCUGAAAACUCAGGAGAAUAUAUCACGACCCAUUCAUCAUCCUCUAGUUUUAAAAACUAACUUUGAGGAAGAAGAGGAGGAAGGAGAUGAACAAAAUGAUGCAUCUAGUUUAUGGACAAAGACUCCUGAAGAAAUUGAAGAAAAAAGAGCAAUAAAGGAGAUGUGUUAUAAAUCUGGUGAAUACUACAGAUUUCAUACUCCAGAUAUUUCAUCAUCAAAAAGCAUAGCCUCUACAGCAGACAAAGAGUUAGAAAAGCCUUUGGAAAAUGGCAGUGAAUUGCAAGAAGGGGAUGGUCUUACAGUUCCAACAAAAUUUAGCCUAUUUGAAAGGCAAGGUGAGAUAAAAGCAUCAUUGGAUAGGAAACCAAGGACUGACAUUGCUGCUUUUGAAAAUGGAGGAGGUGACUGUUAUGUUCCACAGAGGAUCAUAUUCCUUGGAGUAGAUGAAAAGGAAGCUGUAACUGAAGAGAAAGAAAUUACCGUGUCAAAAUGUUCAAAUACUAAAGAUAACAAGGACAGCCCUCAUCCAAAGCGUUCCCUAACUACCCGACUAGUACCUACAACGCAUGUAUUAAAUGCUACUGAGAAUAUCAGUAUGAAGUGCAGAGAGGACCCCUCUUCAAUGAAUGAUGUCCAGCCAGUGAGGAAGCCUCACUUUAAAGGUGUGAAGAAAAGAAAAUGGAUUUAUGAUGAACCAAAGAAUUUUCCUGGCCCAGGAAUGCAGAGAGCAGUACAGGCCCCAAAUCCCAAAAAUAAAAUGAGUUACCAUCGCAAUAAUAAAAACAGAAGUGCUGAGAAUGCAUCCUAUAUCCAUGUUCAGAGAGAUGCUAUCAGGACUGUCUCACUGAGUGCACCUCCCCGCAGCAAGCCCACAAAUAGGUCCUACAAUAAAGUCGAUGUUAACAAGGAACCCAAACUCAACCUUUGUCCAGAUAAAUAUAUGUCAACAUCAUAUAAUGGUUCAGCCUGGCGAAAAAGGAUUCCUUUUUCAAAAACAUAUUCAAAAACUGAAAAGAUAUAUACGGAGCCAAGAAGAAAUGGGAGCAAGUAAAUCUGGAGGUUGAGAGAAGAGAAAAAUGAGAAAAGAGAAAAGUGCCAGAUAUCAUCUGAUUUACAAUCAAAAGUGAAAAUUCAAAGAAUGAGAUAUUCAAGUACUCCAUACUAUAUACUGGGUAGCCAAAGAUGAUAAAAUGCAAAUUCUGAAAAUAAGAUGCAGGAAGUACAUUGUGCUCUUUCAAAACUGAUAAAAAUGCAAAUUACAAACAGCUGCCUGUGUAUUUAUAUAGGUCUGGAAUUCAUUCUAUGUAUUGCCACAAACAUUUAAUAAAAUUUA